AAUUUGGUCUCUUUGUUUAUUAUGCAAACUUUCCAAAUACGUGUUUUAGAUAGUUAACAAGAAAAGGAAACUUGCUUUAAAAAUUAGAUUUUAUAAAUCGGCACAAAGGUCUUCUUUGCCUUUUAACUAACAUUUGAUUUGACCAAAACUCCUCUAAUCCAGGCAUCAUCGUUGACUUUUUCAAACGUUGUUUCCUUCUUGAACAUCUCAAAAAGGCCAGAACUCCUCUGUUUCUGUCUUCGAUUUCGCUGUGAAUCACCAAGCAAUGGACAAUAAGCACCAUGCUUCAAGUUCAACUUCAAAACCAAAGAACAAGAACAAGCUCUUGAAGAUGCUUCCCAAAGCUAUGUCCUUCGGACAUCGCGUACCGCCGUUUAGCCCCGGAAAAGAUCUCCACCACAACCACAAUACAACGUCGUCCUCCUCCAACAAAGCAUAUUUCUCCGGUCCUAUGGUCUUGGUUCCUAACGCCGCUCGUGUAAGGAGAAACAAAAGCGACGCCGUUUGGGACGAGCCCACUUCACCUAAAGUCUCUUGCAUCGGCCAGAUCAAGCUCGUUAAAUCAAAACGCUCCUCUCCUAAGAAAAACCCUAAACCAUCUUCUUCCUCUUUAACCAAAGGAGAUGAUAACAAAGGUCGUUUUUCAAAGUUCAAACGUCUCUUCUCGUUCUCGUCAUCGGCUGGAGGUAACAAGUCUAGAAAACCCCAUCCCGCCGCCGUGACUGAACAGCCGGUUACGGUGGUUACCUCCGCGGCGGUGCCGUCGUUAGGUCAGAUGAAGAAGUUUGCGAGCAGCCGUGAUGGUUUAGGAAGAUUUGACUGGGAGGUCGAGAUGAAACGUGAAGAAGAAGAGUCUCCGGCUGAUCAUCGCCGUGGUUACUUUUCCGAUGAUGAGAGGAGAGGAGGUUGCUUAAGAGGCAAGGAAGAGGAAGAAGAUGACGUAAUAAUUCCGUUCUCAGCUCCGUUGAGUAUGAAGCCUAAGAAUGAAGUUAACUUGUGGAAGAGAAGAACCAUGGAUCCACCAAAACCACUUCAUCUUCAUACCUCUUGACCUUUGAAGUUACAUCUCCAUUUUAUUUCAAUAGUCUUCGCAAAGAUGAGAAGCCAAUAAUCGGAUCUGCUAUUGGUUCUGGUAUAGAUGGUGGAGCAGAUGGAGACAUGACUUUCGUAACGGUUAUCACUCAUGUCCUGCCAGAUAGAUUGUGCUCAGUCACCUUUACAUUAAACUUGUGUGUUUAUCAUAUGGUGUUGAGCAGAGCUUGCGGAUCAGGCACCUCAAAACCAUCAUUUUUAUUUCCAUUGCCCUAAAAUGUGUAAAUAUUGUUGUCGGCUAUUAUGUAAUUUUUCAUAGCUGUUUUGUAGUGUUGUAAAAUACUUUAUAAUGACAUAAAUAUCUAUACUAUUAUUUAUGAA